CUUAAAUAGGUCAUUGCAUAGGGUCGAUGCUCUGGCGCAUCACAUUUGGUUUAUGAAACAUGUAUGCGCUUCAUGUGAACGUAAAGAAAGCCAAUAACCUGAAAAAUAUCGAGAUCUCUGGGAAGAGUGACCCCUACGUCGUUGUCGAUUUUCAAGGACAAAAACAGAAAACAAAAGUUAAAGAUGACGAUUUAAAUCCGGUAUGGGACGAGGAAAUAAUAAUCGAUUUAAAAGGGAAACCUUUAGUUGCUUCAGAUAAUGUACUGAUCAAAGUAAUGGAUUUCGAUAAAGUUACACCAGACAAAUUCAUGGGACAAGCGUUAAUUCCGUUACAAAGUGUUUUGUCUGCAACAGUUGAAGUACCUAUUUGUGUGGUAUUACAGAAUAAAAAAGGUCAAGAUACCAUGUCAACGAUUGAAUUGUCAAUACGUUAUGAAUUUCCACAAAAGACGAAAGGAUUAACCAGUAAUGAAAUAGAACAAGGAAGCGUAAGUGAUAAAGUGGAUGCUGGUGGCACUGUUGAUGUUGGCUUAAGAGGUAGUGGAGGUACAGGGACUGAUGUGAAUGAAAAAGAUACACUUGAUGAUCAAGCUGGUGCAGGCAAACGUAUAAAGAAACUAGGUGGUCUGGCAGUCCGUCCCCAAUAUUCAACCAAGAAACAAGAUUUUCAAAUUCGCGUCAAAGUUAUUGAAGCUCGUCAAUUACAAGGUGCCAAUAUUUCACCAAUAUGUAAAAUUACUUGCUGGAAAGAAAGUAAAGAUACACGUGUUCGGAAUUGUACAAAUUCACCAUUCUGGGAUCAGACUUUUUUUUUCAAUUUCUUUGAUUCAGCUGCUGAGAUGUUAGAUCAACAAUUAGUGUUCACUGUUUACGAUUCACGUCGUCUUCGUCGUGAUUCAUUGAUUGGUUCUUUCAAAUUCGAUUUGUCAAUAGUUUAUGAAUGCGAUCGUCAUGCGAUGUUAAAUAAAUGGUUACUACUAUGUAAUCCAGAAGAUCCAAUGUCUGGUGCCAAAGGUUAUUUAAAAAUAUCAGUUGUUAUUCUAGGACCUGGAGACGAAGCUCCGAUUAUGAAAGUUGGUGAAUCCGAUGAGAAAGAAGAUAUUGAAGGAAAUCUACUCCGUCCAGCUGGUGUGCAAUUAAGACCAGCAAUUUUCAAAAUUCUUUUAUAUAUGGCUGAAGAUUUGCCAAGAAUGGAUUCAGAUGCCUUCAAAGGAAUCAAAAACUUACUUACUACAUCUGAUGAAGAGAAAGAGUUUGUGGAUCCCUAUGCUCUUGUUUCAUUUGCUGGGAAAUCGAUUAAAUCUAGUACAAAAUAUGGAACGGAUCAUCCUGAAUGGAAUGAAGAGAUUACAAUGAACAUUCAGUUUCCAUCAAUGUGUGAGAAGUUGAAAUUCACAUUCUUUGAUUGGGAUCGUAUUGGUUAUAAUGAUCCUAUAGGAACUGGGGUUAUUUCUAUAUCACAAAUUUCUGCUUUUCGUGAUGACAAUGAUGGCUUCUUACCAACGUUUGGUCCAAGUUUUAUCAAUCUAUAUGGCUCUCCAAGAGAAUACAGCGAUCUUCCGGACAAAUAUGAAGCAUUAAAUUUAGGCAAAGGACAAGGUGUAGCAUAUCGUGGUCGCGUUUUGUUAGAGUUAUCCACUGAAUUAUUAGACGAACCAACAGCUGAUUUGGUUAAGCCAUUGGAACAAGAUAAAGUUGCAAGAAUCCAGAAAUCCUUAAGAAGAAGAAAAUAUCAGUUGUAUGUUGCAUUUCUAUCAGCAACAAUGAUUGAAGAAAAAUCUGACGGUCCAAUUGAAUUUGAAAUCAGCAUCGGUAAUCAUGGAAAUAAAUUGGAUGAAUCGGUCACACCAUGUGCAUCAACGACACCACCAACAAAUCCUGUAUCAGACGGAUUACAUUACUACUAUUUACCAUGGGGCGAUGAUAAACCAUGCACUAUGGUUGAUUCUCAAUGGGAAGAUAUAUCAUUUCGUUUAGGUGCAGUGAAUUUAUUAUUGAGAAUUGCCGACCAUUUGGAGAGAGGAAUCAGUCAUUUAAUGGUCGCCAUUAAAGCGAAUCUCCCAAUAGAAACUCAAGCACAAUUGGCAAUCUCUUCAUUAGAUGAAUUUAUAAUGGAUUGCAAUCAUACCUUACCACAAUGGGAACCGGAGAAUAUUCCUCAAAAUGAAAUGGAUAUACAUUUACGUAAAUUACGAGAAGAUCAAUUAAAUACAUUACGUGAGCAAGCAAUAAAUACAAGAGAAACAGUUUCUGAAAUUGACGAUGCUUUGAAAGAAUUGAAAUCUUAUCGAGAAACUAUUCUUAAUUUGGCAAUAGAACCACAAAUGAGCAUACCAGAUAUUAUAAUAUGGAUGUUAUGCGGUGGUAAACGUACCGCUUAUCACAGAAUACCAGCUCAUGAAGUGUUAUACCAUGACAACGAAGAUUACCGGGGAUUAAAAUGUGGUACAGCACAAACAAUCAAUUUAAAAAAACCCACCUUAUUGAAAGAUGAAAAGAAGCCAGAAUGGAAAAUUCCGGCUCAGUUACGUGUUGUUGUAUGGUUUGGUCUAGAAAAGGAUCGUACUGCAUGGACAGAAUCGCAUAAUGAAGCGAAACUCCAAGUUGUUGCAGAAACGUAUGAAAAUCAAGCAUCAAUUGUUGGUAAUUGGGUGACUAAACGACCACCGUUAACACGUCCAUCAUGGUCUGAUAAUACUGGCCGAAUUGAAUUACCUAAGGAUUCUAUUCAAUUACCAACAGGUUGGGAAUGGGUUGGUGAUUGGUAUGUUAGUCCAGAGUUAUCGUUGCUUUAUAAAAAGGAUGCAGGAAAAACAAGUUUUGUUGAAGAAUUAUUCUAUAAUGAAUUUCGUACCCCAACAAGUCCAUGGAAAGUUGCUGAACCUGCAUAUACUGAUGCACAAGGGGAACUGAAAGGUGAACCAAAUACAGUUAAAUUACCAAGUGGCUGGACAUGGGCUGAUGAUUGGAAAAUUGAUUACAAUCGUCCAUGCGAUGAGGACGGUUUUGAAUAUACCGUGGAAGCAUCUACAGGUGGUUAUGUUGCAGCGGAAAAACUUUAUCAUAUGUUUCGUAGGCGACGAUUAAUACGUUCACGGAUACUUGGUGAUGUUGGUGUACCAGUUAAACAAGAACAAAGUUUAAGUACAGAACCAGCAGAAGCAUGGGAAUAUGCAUUCAAUUUCGAUUCAAAAUUCCAUACAAAAGAACGUAAAGUUGAUAUGGUUCGACGCAGACGUUGGCAUCGUGCUUUAGCGCCAAAAGAACUAAGUUCAGAGACUAGUUCAUGUGUUUUACAAAUACGAAGUAGUUCAAAACAAGUGGAAAGUAGCUUGAAGUUGAAAAAAAAAGAGAAUCUCACUGUUCCAAGGAUAUUCAUGCGCUUCAGAACUUCUCAUAUCUGGCAUUUACGAGCAUACAUCUUCCAAGCACGCAGUGUUUUAGCAGCUGAUCAAUCUGGCCUAUCUGAUCCCUUUGUGCGAUGUUCAUUUCAAGGGCAUAGCCAAGAAACACAAAUUAUCCAACAAACGUUGUGCCCAAUAUGGGAUGAAACAUUAAUAUUUGAACAUAUUGAAAUGUGUGGUGAUCCAAAAACAAUACUUUCAGAUCCACCACCAGUUAUGAUUGAGCUAUUUGACUAUGAUCAAUUAAGUUCAGAUCAUUUCUUAGGCAGAUUACAGAUCACUCCUGCUGUUCGUCUAGACACAGAAACCACAUGGGCUAAUGUACUUCAAUGGUAUACAAUUGAGAAAAAUCGCAAAAAAGGUGGUGAAAUAUUGGCUGCUUUUGAGUUGAUUCUGCUUGAUGGUAAAUCUCCACCACCACCACCUACACGUCGCGGUACUUUGUUUAAUGUACCCGAAGGUAUACGUCCGGUACUCCAACGUACUGGCAUUGAAAUUCUUUGUUGGGGUGUCCGAGCAAUGCGUAAAUAUAAACUAGCUAGUGUUAAUUCACCGUCAGUGGAAUUUGAAAUAGGUGGUAAAGUAGUUGAAUCAACAAUCAUAAAAAGUGUGAAAAAAAACCCAAAUUUUGCAUCGCCACUAUUAUUCUUAGAUGUUUUAUUGCCAAAAGAAGAAAUUUAUUUGCCACCGAUGAAUAUAUGUGUACGUGAUCACAGAGCAUUUGGACAGAGACCAAUGGUUGGUGUACAUGUUUUAACAGAUUUUCAAGCAUUCAAAGUACCAGCAAGAACAUCACAAACAGAUGUCUUAAUGGAUAUACAAGUCUUAACUGAUAUUGCUUGUUCAACACAAGAGCCUUGUCUAGCUGAACCUAAAGUAGAGCUUCAAUCACCAGUUAAAUCGAAAUCGAAACAAAAGAAAAAAUUUAUGGAUCUUAAACAAAUUGAUGACAAAAUAGAUUGGUGGUCGAAAUUCUAUGCAUCGAUUGGUGAAUGGGAUAAAUGUUUAAAAUAUAAAGAGUUUGGUUAUGAUACAAUAUGUGUUUAUUCUCAUCCAUUAGAAGAUGUGGAAGGAUUUAAUGGAUUUACGGAUUUCUGUAAUACAUUCACGUUAUCGAGAGGUAAAAAUGUUGAUGAGGAUGAGGAUAAUUAUGCCGGUGAAUUUAAAGGGACAUUUCGUAUUUAUCCAUUACCAGAAGAUCCUAAAGAACAAUUACCAAUACGUUAUUUUGAGAAAUUAAGUGUAUCAUCUGAUCCGGAAGAAUGUAUGUUACGUGUGUACAUUAUACGCGCAAUUGAUUUACAACCAUCAGAUUCAUCCGGAUUAGCUGAUCCUUAUGUGGAAAUCAUUGUAGGUCAGCAUAAAGUUAAUUCGAAAGAUAAAUAUCUCCCGAAUACUUUAAAUCCAGAAUUCGGAAAAAUGUUCCAAAUGAAGUGUAUUUUACCUAUUGAAAAAGAACUACACGUUAUAGUGAAAGAUUAUGAUGCGGUCGGUGCAGAUGAUAUAAUAGGACAAACAGAUAUUGAUUUGGAAAACAGACGUUUAACAAAAUAUCGAGCGACAUGUGGCCUACCACAAUCUUACUGUGUUUCUGGACCAAAUCAAUGGAGAGAUUCAAAAUUACCAAGUGAAAUAUUACUAGCUGUAUGUGAUAGUUAUUCAUUACCAGCUCCACAGUACGGAGAAACAACAGAAAGUAAACCAAAUCCAAGUUGCCGUGUUGGUCAACGCGUAUUUGUAUUGGAAGAUUUUGAGCGUGGUUUGGUACCAAAUCCACAUUUAGGACCACCGAAAGAACGUUUGGCCCUACAUAUUUUAAAUAAACUUCCAUUGGUAAAAGAACACGUUGAAACAAGAUUGUUGUAUAGUCCAUUACAGCCUAAUAUUGAACAGGGUAAAUUACAAAUGUGGGUUGAUAUAUUUCCAACAUCCUUAGGUGAACCUGGCCCACCAUUCGAUAUUUCACCAAGAGAACCAAAUGAAUAUAUAUUACGUUUAGUUGUAUGGAAUACAUUCGAUGUUGUAUUAGAUGAGAAAUCAAUAACUGGUGAACAAAUGUCCGAUAUUUAUGUUAAAGGGUGGUUAGCUGGUUUAGACGAUCGUCAAAAAACUGAUGUUCAUUACAGAUCACUAAACGGUGAAGGGAAUUUCAACUGGCGUUUCGUAUUCCCAUUUUUUUACUUACCAGCUGAAAAUAACAUAGUUAUUAAACGUAAGGAACACUUUUGGUCUAUGGAUGUUACAGAACAACGCGUUCGUCCACAAUUAGUACUGCAAGUUUGGGAUAAUGAUUUAUUUUCACCGGAUGAUUUCAUUGGGACAUUAGAAUUAAAUUUAUCUAAUAUGCCUAGUCCAUCAAAAACACGUGGUAAAUGUUCACUGAAUAUGUUACAAUCUGUUGGUAAUGAAACGAAAUUGGUUAACUUAUUUGAAUGUCGACGACUGAAUGGAUUUUGGCCAUUUGUUAAUGAGGAAAGUGGAACUCCACUUUUAACUGGUAAAAUCGAAAUGGAAAUGGAACUGGUAACAAAAGCAGAAGCUGAUCUUCGACCAGCUGGUAAAGCACGUGAAGAUCCAAAUGAAAAUCCUCACUUAGAACCACCAAAACGUCCAGAAACGUCAUUUUUAUGGUUUACAUCACCGUGGAAAACAUUCAAAUUUAUUAUAUGGAAAAAGAUGAAAUGGGUGAUUAUCGGGUUAUUGAUAUUCCUUAUCAUUGGCCUAUUAAUAGUAUUAUUUGUAUAUGCUAUACCGGUGAGUCUAUCAUUAUUAUGUUUGAUAUGAUAAUUUUGUUGAAUUAAUUUAUUUCUUUACUAAUCUUAAAGCAACUAUAAUCAGACACUAAAUGGGCGAUAAUUGAAUACCUGGGAGUAGUGAAUACUUUGUUGUUCUAAUUUGUGACCAUAGUAAUAUAUACGGGAUUACAAAGUUUUGUGAGUCGAAUGACAUCCUCAAAUAAUUAAGUUGGAUUGAUAUUAUGACGUGAUUUGCAUUUAAUGUAACUAAUAGUUUAGUGAAAAUAUGAACCUGAUUAACUCAAUAAUUUACUGAGUAUUAAAUUUUUGAGAAACCCAUCACCAUACUAAUUAAUAAAUAUAAUGUGCAAACGCUUAUUGUCUUGUAUGGGUUUGCGAAGCUUUCGCACAGUUCAAGGAUUGGUUUUCAUCAUGAAUUGAUGUGGGAUGAGAAAAACCAGAGAACACCUGACUCAUCUUUAUUUAUAGAUCCUACAAGUUUGUAUCUUCAAACCGAGACGAAACCAAACUCAUCUAUUGUCAUAUAACUGGACGAUAGUUAAAUGAUAUAAGCGCACAUUUUAUGCUCAUGAGAAUGAGUAAUCAUAGAUACGAUGAAUUGUCGAAUAACUUUAGUUCUACAAUGUCAAAGAAUAAUUUUUUAGUGAACCGACACACUGAACAUGAAUCUCAGUUUACUACAAAGGCCAGUGCCUAACUACUAGUUAUUAGCAUAGCCAGAUAUUUAUUUGGUUAACAAGUUGAUGCUUACAAUAGAGAUUAUUUUACUGAAUCCUUACGUUCAUCACAAACUGAUAUCAGGUGAUAAAUGAAUGGGACAUUGAAAAGUAAUAAAAAUCUUAGUUAUAGAUAAUACAGUUCCCAUUAUUGAUGUGUAUUUAUAUUUGCUAUGAAAAAUACGGUUAAUGUACUUUGUACGAAAUCGAGCAUUGUUAUGACAGAAGGAAAACUCAUACAGUUGGAGAGAAGGAAAAAAAUAAACAUUAUUAAUGGGUGAGGGUUAAUCUUAUAAUCAAAAGCACUAGAUUUUCUCUUUAAAAUAAUAUCACAACACAGAUUUACUUUGGAUGACUAGUUAUACUUAAGUAACUAUGAAACGAAUGCCAUAACUUUACUAGUAGAAAUAAAAACGAACAUCAAACUGAAUCAGUGCAUAACCGUACACUUGAUCCCACUUAAUGAAACGGUAUUUCUUAAAAUUAAGAAGACGAGAACAGUAUUACAUAGAAUCUCGGUUUAUUCAAUGGUUUAACUGGACAGGGCUAAAAACGCAAUUAGGUAUGAAGUACCUUGGGACAUACACAAUACUUUCUCGAAUGAAUCUUUAUCAGUGUUCAUUAUGAAUAUGUCGAGUAAACUAAUAAACAGAGACAUAUACAGGAAAUGUUUCACUGGAAAAGUCACUAAAACCAUGUGGCAUCAGGAAAAUAUUCAAUAAUCUAAUUUGCGAUUCUUCAACUCAUUACCUCCAGAGAUUGUACGAAGAAUAUAUCGUUAAAUCAUCAUCUGUGAAAGCAUUACGAUCACCCUCUUAUUUCUUUAGGUUACCACAUCAUGACUCACGAUUCCCAGACAUAUUCACCCCGAAUGACUGAUUGGUGAUCAGAAAUCAGUGUCAUAUUGAUUGAACCGAAUAUCACCGACUAAACUCGAAUGUAGCUAUUAGAUUGAGCGGCUCAGUAUCACACUCACUGUUUUUGGUUGGUAGUAAGUCGACAGAAUGCUUCGGCUGGGUAUAGAUUGUGUAAGUUUGUAAAUGUCAGUUGGACAUAUCCACGACCUUAAAGAAAACUAUGCUCCACAUGUGGUAUGAACUCAGUUCACCUAACAAUUCAGUGUCGCUACUUCUACUAUGAGUAAUAGGAUAGCAAUAGACGAUAAGAUACUUGUAAAAGACAAGUCGUAAAGUAGUUAACGUUGUAUUUACAAUUCAUUUAUUUCCUUGCCAAAACACUUAACGAUCUUGUUUGUUCUUUUUAUUUAAUACAAUUUUAGCCACUUUUGGCGAGGAAAAUGGUCGGAGUUUAAAUGGUCAUUACAGGACCUUGAUUGAUAUUCUUAAAAUUCACUCCUAAUUUCUAUUUUACUUCAACCUUAUAUUUAAAAUAAAACUGACAACAAUUGGUUAGACUUUCAUUUAAUCUUCCAAAUAAGGAAAAAUUUAUUUUAAACGAAAAUUCGGCAACAGAUAAAUCCACUUCAUUCUCUCUUGCCUUUGUUUUAUCCAGAAAGUAAAUAGGUUUUACGAUCUGACUAAUGUGCAUGAAGGAAGCAAUCAAAAUUACUUUAUCAUGUGUGUGUGUGUUCUCUUUUGAAAUUGUGAUAUGUGAUUUUAACCCAGUUAUAUCUACACUUCCACUGAGUGGAAUUUUCGAAUACUCUUACUUAUUAAAAAAAAACAACUACAGAAAGCUCCUAGUGAUUCGAUUGGAAAAUCUUAAAAAACUAUCUUUUCCUUUUCUUUUGGUCUUUUAUCAAUUUUUAUCUGACAUGUAAUACAGAGUUUGGAAAAAAUAUGACUACAUACCAUUAUAGGUGAUGGUUAAGGCUAACUGGGGACGGAUGAUUUCCUCUCCUAUAAUCCACUUACUAGUAACUUAUUUAAGUAGUUCAACGAAAUAAUACAUAAAUUGGUUCAUGUCGGCUCCCACUAAACUUGCUACUAAGUAGGAGAUAACCUAUCCUCACUUCUUCCUUGAUAAAUGAUAUUUUUGCUUAAUAUUUCUUUAGUUUUGGCCUUUCUUAGUAUGCGAACAAGAAAAAUAUCCCAAUUUCUUAUUUUUGAAAACAUUAUAUGGUUAAAAUUUGUGUUUCAAGUUAUUUGUAUUCAAUGAUCACGUACGUUUUUUUAGUCAAUUUAACUAAAUAAAAAUUCUGGACGCAAAAAUUAUUACACAACAGUAUUUGUUUUCUGAGUGUGGCCGAUAGACAGACAAACGACGAGGAAAUAGAAUUUUAGGAACAUGUCUACAUGGUUAGCAUUGGAUGGUAAUGUUCACAACCAAAUCGCCCAUUUAUGGGACAAAAUACUACCGAAAUUUAUGAAACCACAAAAACCCGCGGAAACAUUUCCUUGUCUAAUUUGUUAUAGAGCCAUUGGGUCACGUAAACAUGAAAUCAUGUGGAGAAAUGUAAAUAAACAUGGUGAUGAUGCAGUAAGAGAACUAUGAUACUAGGUCACAUGAUGUCAGUGAUAACAAUACAAACUUGUGAAACGUUGAAAGGAUAUGCAUAAAUAAGGAAGAGUUGUAUAACAUUGAAUUAUAAUGUGCACGGAGUAAGAUAAUUAAAACGUUUUUGCAAUGAAUGUGAUGAUGUAUGAAACAACUAAUAUUGUAAAAUCAAAGAGCAAAUAGAAAGCAAAGACAUUUUGAAAUACAAAAUUGUACUAACGGGAAAUAGAAUUUUGUCCAAUUCUUACCAACAUAUCAGUUUGAAUAGCCGGUUUUAGCUAAUGGAAACGAGGUUAUUCCUCAGUAAACUUUAACAGAAGUCAAUAGGAUUACUUUUCCAGUCUGACACUAAGCUACAGAAGUUGAAGAACUAACCAUUCCAUGUUCGUUCGCCAUAGAUGUAUCUUUAACUUACUGCAGGUCACGUACAUUUGAGUUCACAUUUAAUUCGGUUAAGCCCUUUUGUUAACUUAUUUAACGGACAGAGUCAUUUGUACAAUAACAACUUGUCUAUACCAUUGUACCUUUAUUAUUGUUGCGCUUGUAGAGAUAUGUAUGCUAGAGCCAUGCUUACCGCCUACGCACAUGUUCAUUCUGCUAGGUUUAGUGUUAGGUACUUAAUUGACUCCAUGAUUCAUUCAUUUUCCUGUGUACUAAUCCCACUUAUUCGACUCGCUCACUUGCUUUUCGGCAGUAGCCUUUCAUUCUUGCUUUGCGUCCCUAUGGUUUCGGAGAUCUGUGCGUGAUGCAAUAAUAAACGCGAUCAACGGUUUGUAUUCGUUUUCUGAUUUAUAAACCAUUGGUAGCGUUAUCUAGUAACGGUUAUAAGGACGAACAAUGUACGAAGUUUAAGGAUAAUAUCGAAUACCGACCACAACAAAGCAACCUAUAACUUCGUCAGUAGAC